AUGAGCGGAAAUUGGCUAACCCAAUGGGGCACCAGUGGUGGUGUUCCAAAUGAGCCAAAGCUGGAUGUGGCUAAAGACAACACAUCGCUACUUCAUGAAACACAGGAUGUUAUAAGCUCCCAACCUGAUCAGCUCUCGAAACCUAAUGGUGUGGGCAACUCACAGGUUAGCCCAGAUCAUCUCCAGGAAACAAAGUCUGGCAUGGAUGAUAGAAAUGAAGAAGUGAGAGCUAGAACUGAUCUGCUGCCGCAACGUAAUGCCAAAAUCGCCAAGGUCACGCAUAAAACAUCCACAUCGUCACUAGCUUCGAUAAGCGCAGGAAACUGGUUGAGCUGGGCUCCCAGGACACGGGUACUAGAGAAGGAUGGUGAUCAUAUAAAAUUAAAGAAUGGAAAUACCGGCGUUCGUGAACUGACGGAGAAUGGUGCUGCUCGUAGACUUGCAGAUGGAGCUGAUAGUGGAGAUCAUGAAGGUCAAGAUAAUCGCAACGAUGGCAACGACAAAGGAAAUGGAGGAAUUGGCAAUGGAGGAGGAAUUGGAGAUAAUGGAACGGGUGGAGGAAAUGAUGGAGAAAAUGGCAACGGAAACGAUGAUGAAGAUGACGAUUAUUUGCCAGAAAACAAUGGCGAUGAGAUCGACGAUCAUGUUUCCAGCUCCAAGUACCGCAAGAAGCUGUGGGGAUUUUGGAAUUCCGAAGAACCUAAGGACAGAAAGGAGAAACCCGUCGAGAAGAUUCAUUUGACUACCAAUACGAUUCUUAGAACUCCUUCGCUCAUAAGUAAAGAUGAAACUAAAAACGGAAACGAUUUCAGAAAUGGGCGUGAUGUUUCUCCCACUAAGACUGAGACCGAAAUUUCUGAGACCGAUAAUGGUGAUGAUGAUGCCGUCUUGUACAAGCCUCAUGACAGCACUUCCCAGUUUAACAAAAUCAACACCCACAAGAAUGAGAAUUUGCGAGAAAAUGUCAUUGUUCCAGACUGGAACACAUGCCUUCAUAACCAAAAGCUGGAGUCGGCGCAUACGACUUCACAGGCGGUAGGCUCUCUUGAAAGUAUUCGGAACCAACCUUUUGACAUCAAAAAUUGGAGGAGCUACUUGUCGCAUCUCUCAUCUCGCUUCGGAAUAGGAUCUGGAUCUCACUUGUCUGACCAGCCCGAAGCCCAGCCUGCGGAAACAGCGGUCGAGAAGGAGUUUAACUCCAUUUACGAGAGAAAAUAUCGUUUGUAUGGAAGAUCGCUUGCUAAACUUCCCUAUUUCAAACAUGCGUGUUUCCCCAACUACAGCCUGUUUUAUACCAAACAUGACGUUUCGGAACUGGGAGAUAAAACUCAGCUUGAGGAAGAUGCCCAAGAUGAGAAUUCCAUAACGAUCACCAAUGAUGCUAUGGGAAACCUCUUGAUCAACCACCGCAACCACAAUCCGUCUUCUGCUUCUGUUACACAGUCAGAUAUUGUGAACAAAAAAACGGGACCAUUAGUGAAAAUCAAGAAGAUUUUAAUCGUAGGAGUCCAUGGCUUUUUCCCUACGAAAAUGAUCAGACCACUUAUCGGAGCUCCCAAGGGUACAUCGUUGAAGUUUGCAAAUGAAGCAGAGAAGGCAGUGAUACGAUACUGUGUGGAAAACGAUCUCAUUGACAGUAGAGAAACACACAACGUUUCCAUUCAGAAAAUUGCGCUAGAGAAGGAAGGCAAGAUUUUCGAUCGAGUAGAUUUCUUCUUGGAAAUCAUGACUAAAUGGGCAGACGAGCUCAACGAAGCUGACUUUAUAUUUAUCGCCGCUCACUCACAAGGCUGUGUUGUAUCAAUCAUCUUGUUUGCCAAACUCAUUCAGAUGGGAAUCCUAAAAAACCCCCUUCAAAAACGAAUUGGUCUUUUAGGUAUGGCCGGUGUUAACAAUGGACCCUUCUAUAGCAUGGACAAGUCAUUUUUCAUGAAGGCGUACUCUGCCAUCGAACACGAUUCGUUAUUGGAGCUUUUCGAACUUACCAAGUUUGACAGUGCCCAAUCCGUGGCUUACAAGGAAUCCAUGCAAAUCAUCAUCAAUGCAAAUGUGAAGAUAUGUUUCAUUGGAUCCAUCAAUGAUCAGUUAGUGCCGCUAUACUCAGCACUCGCAUCUCAUAUUUUCCAUCCUAAUAUUUACCGGGCCUGCUACAUUGACCAUUCAUCACGAACUCCAGAGUUCAUCGAGAGACUAGUCUCAGUGUGUUGUCAACUCCAGAAUCUCGGCUAUUUUGACAAUAACGUGAUUAAAGAGCUCAGUGCAGUGCUUGCUGGACCAUUCACAGGCGGCGGCCACUCAAAAAUUUACAAUGACGGAAAAGUCUACGAUCUUGGACUUAAGUUCGCUCUUGACACAGACGAUUUGAUAAUUCCGCCCGUACCGCAGACCCAAGGAGUUGCUGUACAGAUUCCUAAUUCCAAGUAUGAUGAAGUGGUACGCGUGCCUCCCACUAAUCAGAUCUACAUCAAAGAAUUCAAUAUUGGAAAGAUUGGGACCAACCCCUUUGUCUUACCGUGGUGUCUCCGUGGGCUUAUCUUCAAUAUUGAAAAGAACUGGCCAGAGGUGGUUCCUCACAUCAUGAUUGAUCAGAAAAGUCCUACCUACAAGUCAGGCACGCAGGAGAUCGACGCCCUCUACGAGCUGUUUGAUAAGUGGAAACCGGAAACAAAGUUGUUAAAGGACCUCAAGUUCCGGCUUAAUGGAAUUCGCGCUAGCAAACUUUGA